ACCGACCUUCGCAAAGCGCAAGGGAUGGCGAGUGGGCGUGGCUUGUCGUCCUGACAACCGUGAGCGUUUCGGCUCUGCAGAGUUCACUUUUCCCUAGGCAAAGGUCCUUCUUCUCUCAUGGGUCCCAAACAAAAAAAGGCUCCCACUAAGAAAAAGAUAACCAAAGCUGAGCGAUUGCGUCUGCUGCAGGAGGAGGAGGAGAAACGCCUGAAGGAGGAAGAGGAGGCUCGACUGAAAUAUGAAAAGGAAGAACAGGAAAGGCUAGAAAAACAACGGAUUGAGAGAGAAAAGUGGAAUCUGCUGGAAAAGAAAGUAAAUAAGUAUGAGUGUCAGCUGGGCUGCUACCCACUCCUGCACUGGGGCUGCAGUGUGCCCAGCCCUGCAUUCACUGCAUGUGGGGCAUCCCCUCACAUGUGUUUUCAGGACCUAGAAAGGAGAAGCGAGGAGUUGGAAGAGCUUGCUCUGCUGGAGUGUUGUUUUCCUGAAGCAGAGAAACAGAAGCGGGAAAUGCGAGUACUGGCUCAGUGGAAGCACUACACCGAGUGUGAUGGGAGCCCCGAUCCUCGGAUUGCCCAGGAAAUGAACACGUUCAUUAGCUUGUGGGAGGAAGAGAAGAACGAGACCUUUGAGCAAGUGAUGGAGAAAAGUAAACUGGUUCUGUCCCUGAUUGAAAAGCUGAAGUUAAUUUUACUGGAAACUCCGUCGUGUGACCUGGACAAGAGUACUGUCCUGCAGUACCAAGGGUCAAUUCUGCGCCUGCAGGAGCUCCUCAGUCUGAAGGUGAACGUGGCCACAGAGCUGCUGCUUCGACAAGCUAGUAACUUAGCCGAUCUGGACACCGGGAAUAUGGAGAAAAUCAUCAAAGAUGAGAAUGUUACCCUGUACGUGUGGGCAAACCUGAAAAAGAAUCCAAGGUACCGAACUGUGAAAUUCUCACAGACACAAGUCGGAUUUGAAAUCCCCAGGAUACUAGCCACAAGCAAUGUCGCCCUGCGGCUUCUGCACACGCACUAUGACCACAUCACACCCUUGUUCUCCACUGUUGUCACUGAGGAAAAACACGGGUCCAUAGUAGCAGAGAAUUUCAAGGAAGAGGAAAGAACAGAAAAGGCUGUCCCCGAAGAAAACGUCUUUACUGAAGAAGCUGCUGACGAAGCUGAGCAGCUCAAGGCUGAGGAGGAAAGAGAGCUCAGCAGCAUCCCAGAGGAGGAGGUCAAAUUCGACCCCACGGUGGACACCGUCACACAGAAGAUUUCCGACCCUGAAGAGGAAGAGUCCCAAACCACCCAGUUUGAACUGGAGAGGAAGUUGCUGAGCGAAACAGUCUCAGCAGCACAGCUGAGCCUGAUAGAGAAUGUUUUGGAAAUGCCAGAAACCUUGGAACCCUACGAGGUGAACAUGUGCCAUUUCGCCCCCCUGGGCGGCGUGUACCACCUGGAAAUCCUGGAGUUGCCCCCUCAAAGCAAACCAGUGAAGGGCUGGGUGUUAGCAGAGAUACGCCAAGAAGGAUUACAAAAGUUUACAUACCCUCCAGAAAACACAGAAGAACCUGAUCCAGAAAGUGCCUUUCCACCCAUAGAGGUCACACUGGAGAUCCACGAGAGCGCCAUCUUCUUUGAGGAUCCUCAAGUGGUCAGGUGGGAUGCUGAAGUGAGGUGGAGAUGGGGACCAGAGAACUUCAAAAUCUCACUGACAGCCAGCCUGGCCUGAACAGCUGAGAAGGAGGGAAUCUGGCGCAAGUAAAGUGGCAUUGGGGACCAACACCUGCGGUUGUCAUCUGACCCCUACUUGCUCCCAAGUGCAAGUGAAUGUCACCUUGAGAGACUCCCAUUUCUCAACACUGCUGUGCCAUUUUACAAGUUCUGCCCGAGUCACACACCCUUGCAGACUCUGCCAUCCUCUGUCCAGUGCCCUGAGCAAUGCUUUUAUGUCCUGUUUCUAGGGGUCGACACUGGGUGUCUGUUUACAUAUCACGUGCAUCCCGUUUGGUAAAAUGUUUAUUUGAAUCAUUUUUUCCACAUUUUAGUUUGUCAAGACCCAGACUGGCCUUGAGCUAAGCACAUAGCCCAGGCUGACCUCAAAUUCGAUACCCUCUGACUUCUGCCUUCCAAAUGUGGGGGUUACAGGGACAGAGAUGGGUCUGGAAAUGAACUCUGGAGGGGCUGCACCUAGGGGUUCGUUGGGAGGGAGUUAAAAGAAUGCCUUGUGGGUUGGGGAUUUAGCUCAGUGGUAGAGCGCUUGCCUAGCAAGCGCAAGACCCUGGGUUCGGUCCUGGGUUCAGUCCCGGGUUCGGUCCCCAGCUCCAAAAAAAAAGAAAAGAAAAGAAAAGAAAACAAAAAACAGCAGUGAAAAGCGGUGAGAGGUGGCAAAGAGCGGGUAAGGAGCUGCCUUCACAGAGGACCCGGCUCUGUUCUCACAACCAUCUCUAACUGUAAUUCCACGGGAGCUGGUUCCCUCUGCUGGCUGGUUUGGGAAUUGCAUGCAGUUGGCACACAAACACAUGGCAGGCAAAAAACCGCAUAAAAACAACAAACGGAGAAUAUCCUGAAAGUACAAUCUUAAACAAAAAAUAGCCUGUUAGCCACCUUUAUAUCUCAGCACUCGGGAGGCAGAAGCAGGCCAAGCGGUGUGAGUUCCAGGACACCCGGGGCUACACAGAAAAAAGAAACCCCAUCUCAACCACCACCACUCCCUCAAAAACAAAACAACAACAAAAACUUUAAAAAGUAAAGCAGGCAGGAGAGCCUCUGUUCGGGUCUAGGGAAGGAAGAAUUGCCCAGGAAGAAUGGCAGUUGGCACAGGCUCAGGCACAGGUGGGUAAGAUCUUGGGAAGUCAGGAGAGAGGGGCGGGAGACAGGUGUGUGAAAUAUCGAGGGACAGAAACACUGAGUCCAGUGUCCCCUCAGUGCCAUGCAGAAUGUGUGGCGUUUAUACCCUGGAGGCAGGGAUCUCCCAGGUUGGGGGUGGGGCACUUUACCUCAAGAGUCUUAAUACAGAAGACCAAUUUGUGCACGUUAUGUGUUCUUAGAUGUUCUUACUCACUUUCGAGGGACAAAUAUGAGACUAAUGUCACUGUCUUCUGUCGGGAAGGUAAAUUCUGGAGGUCAGAUGGCGUCACCUGUGUGUAUUACAACCGAGAAAACAGGCUCCUAACCUUCAGUAUAGAUACGAUGGGCCCUGUGACCUUGAUUCAGGAUGCUCAUGUCAACAUGCCUUACCAGUCCUGGGAGCUGAGUCCCCUCGGUAUGAACAAAGCCCUUUUAAUGGUGACGACGGUUUUCAUUGAGCUCCAGAUACACAUCAAGGUGAGUGACAUCGUGGCCGGCCUGCAGUUAGGUAGUGUGCACCAGCAAGGAAGCAUGGAAGAUGUCUCUGGAGCUGUGGCUUCUAAGUGAAGUUCAUUGAGUAAACAGCCAAUAAUGUGUAAAAGUGGGGCUCCAACUUGUUUCUGGGGUUACUAGGUGACUAGGGAUAGGUCAGUCAUCUCAGAAAGACUUCCCGGGGUGAAACUCGGAACAUUUGAUCCCCGGACACGGUGUACACCCUAGUCUCUAAAGCUCAUCUUGCCGAGUGAGACCAGUGUCCUCAAGUGCACAGCCUCAGAAACCCCAGAGAAGUGGAUUCCUGCUGGAGGGCUGAAGGCGGGGACACGGGAUUCACUGCACUAUCAGCCUGGGGGCGUCCUUUGGCAGCAUGGAGAGGUUUUAACGCUGACUGACAGGGAAGGUUAGCCCUGUGGUUACUUAGAAUCACCAGUGACUUUUGUGAUUUGCAAAGCUUGGUUGCUUUAGAGAGGGCGGGAACUCCAUCACGAUACAGGAGAGAGACCAUCAGGACUCAAAUCCACAGGACAGGCAUAGCGGAAGACAUCUUCAAUCCCAGCACUCGGGGCAGAGGCACGCAGAGCUCUGUGAGUUCCUGGCCAGCCAGAGCCACACUGUGAGACCCUGUCUCAAGCGAACAAUCAAACCAGCAAACAAAAUCAAUAGAUAAAGUCUCUGUGGUUAUUAGAUGGCAUCUCAGGAUUGUCAAUGUCACUAAGGUCUCUAAAAAAGUGGGAACCAUCCUUCAGUCUGUUAGGAGGCCAUCGACUUUUCCGAGGAUACCGGACAGGACAUUGCCUCGCCAGGCUUCCAACCACUCUGUCCCAGCGGCCGGGAGACACCAUGCAGGGCAAUAGUCUGCUAGGCAGGGCUAGCACCUACUGAGUGUUCGCUUAUGAAUAUGCAGGCAGUAGGGUGUGUGUGCAGGUUGGGGUCACAGCUCACCUCUUGUCUGUGGUGACUGAGCUCUUAAAAAGAUGCAGCUAGGGUUGGGGAUUUAGCUCAGUGGUAGAGCGCUUGCCUAGCAAGCGCAAGGCCCUGGGUUCGGUUCUCAGCUCCGAAAAAAAAAAAAAAAAGAUGCAGCUAGUCCAAAUUGAGCAACGCUGUAACUGUGACGUGUGUGUUAGAUUUUGAGCACUUAGUAUGAAAAACAUUGACUCCAUUUUUGCCCUGAAUAGCUACUGAGAUCUCUCAGGUAUAAAAGGUUAAGGGGCCAGUAAACCUUGGCAGAGAGGACACAGAAGCACGACUGUGCCUCUUCAAAACUGGGCAGUUCGAGCAUGCGUUAAGAAUGAUUCUCACAAGUAUAAUCAUGGUUGUCUCAAUGGCUGUUUUAAUUCAGAAUGAACAGAGUGCUUGCACAUCUUAUAAAAUAGAGAGAUCUGAGACACCAUUUUCGAUCCCUCGGGAUACCCAGCGGGAGCCUAGGAAGUUAGUGAGCUUCCUAGGCAGUGGUCCUAUGGCAGGCUUCCAGAUCAGGCCCAAGACAUACCAGACGCGUUAUUUAGUAUAGAGUAGCCUAUGAUUUCAAAGACUAGACCUGGAGUAAUAGUUUCCUUUCCCUUCUUGAAAUUCAGGAAACCCACUGCAUGUUGGCUGCAGUGAAACUGAAGGGCAAGAGCCGUGAGCUUCGGGUAAUAGGAAAAUGGAUGACUCCAAUACCCUUCAUUCUGGCUU